AUGUCAGGUCGCGUUGCCGUUUUCUUCGGAAUCUUGUCCUUGGCCGCCUCGGAAGCCAUCACGAAUAUCCUGGAGAGAGAUGUGGUGAUCCUCGGCGGCGGUGCGUCGGGUGCUCACGCUGCUGUCAGACUUCGUGAGGAUUUCAACAAGACGAUCGUCGUCAUAGAGAAGCAGGACCGUCUUGGUGGCCAUGUCAGUACAUUUAUUGACCCCGAGACCGGGAACCCCUACGACUUCGGGGUCAACUCGUACACCGAUUACGGCGCCGCUCGCGACUUCUUUGCCCGGUUUGAUAUACCAGUUGCGGCUCCUCAACGUCAAGCCCUGACAACAACCUACGCCGAUUUCAACACGGGAAAAGUCACGAAUUACUCGUUGCCGGCCUCUGCUGAUACCACUGCAGCGCUUGAAGUCUACCUUGAGCUCUGCGAGAAGUAUGAGUCCAGCAUCAUCCCCUCGUAUGAGAAUUUUCCAACCGUCUCCAAGGGGAUUCCCGAGGAUCUGACAAUGAAAUUCUCCGACUUUGUCGAGAAGUACAAGAUCCAGGCGGCGGUUCCCCGUAUAUACCAAGUCUCGGCGCUCGGCAUGGAAAACUUCUCCGAAUUGCCAACUCUGUACGUCAUGCAGGGCUUCGGCGCACCUGUCACACGCUCUUUCCUGGGCAUUGUCUCCUCUUUUGUGCCUGUAUCCAGGCGAAACCAGGAUCUCUACGAUGCUAUCGCCAGCCUGUUGGGCAGUGACGUCCUCUACUCCACGACUGCUAUUCACACUUCUCGCACCGAUGAGGGCGUCGAAGUCCUCGUUCACGGGGCCGACGGGAAACGGUCUCUGAUCCGCGCGAAGAAACUCCUCAUAUCCUUCGAGCCCACGAUUGCCAAUCUAAACGGCAUCGAUGUCGACAGAGAAGAGGCGGAUCUUUUCUCGAAAUGGGACUGGUCGACCGUCUACGUCGGCGUCAUCUCUCACAAGUCACUACCCAAAGGGUACUCACUUACGAACAAUGUACCCAACAAUUGGCUGUCAUUCCCGAGGAUUCCUUUCGUCAGUCGCUUUGACUACUUAGGCGACGACGACUUCCGUGUCCUUGUAACUGGUCCUCCUGAUUUCGACACAUCCAAAGCUCGGCUGCUGGUUCGGAAAUCCCUCGCAUCACUCGCUGCUGCUGGGACGAUACCAAGCUUGGGUACGGAGGAAAUCGAUUUCAAGGCCUGGUCGGAUCAUGGCCCUAUGCAUAUUCAUGUCUCUUCUCCGGAGCUGAAAGCUGGGCAUAUCACCAAGCAGUAUGCACUGCAAGGCCGCAAGAGUACCUACUACACGGGGGCUGCGUGGUCAGUGCAGUUUACGACUAUCCUCUGGGAGUACAACAAUCAAUACGUUCUUCCCAAACUGCUUGCGGGCCUUUGA